AAGGAAGCCAAAGAAGAAGAAAAAGAAUCGGAUUUGGAAAGCUUCGCUCUCCAUCUACAUGAAAAUGGCAAUUCCCAUAGCAGCAAGACAAGCAAGCCCAUCUCUCUUCUUCUCUGUUCAUAGGUUUCUCCGAACGAAUAGGUUCCAUGUGUCUGCUCCUCCUCGUCCUCUCCGUAAAUCCCCUCCAUUUCCCAAUUCCCAUGAUACAGGGCUUAAAUUUUCAAUUCGAGCAGUACAUCAGGUAACUGCAGAUCCCGUGGCUCCCAAGAGAGAAGAUGAAGAACAAUCAUCUGAGAAUUGGAAGAUUAAAAUGCUUUAUGAUGGUGAAUGCCCGCUUUGUAUGCGCGAGGUGAACAUGUUAAGGGAUAGAAACAAGCAAUAUGGAGCAAUCAAGUUUGUGGAUAUAAGUUCGGAUGAAUACAGUCCAGAGGGGAAUCAAGGCCUUGACUAUAAAACUGUCAUGGGAAGAAUUCAUGCAAUCUUAUCUGAUGGAACUGUAGUUACUGAUAUAGAGGCAUUUAGAAGGCUAUACGAAGCAGUUGGUCUGGGAUGGGUUUAUGCCAUCACUAAAUAUGAACCAGUUGCAUCAGUUGCUGAUGCUGUGUAUGGUGUUUGGGCUAAAUAUCGUCUUCAAAUCACAGGUCGGCCGCCUCUGGAGGAGGUGCUGGAGGCACGAAAGAAAAAUGAGGCUGAAAUAUGCAAUGACAGCAACAGAUGCAAGAUGUAAACUUACCUAAUUGCUGCUCAGCAGCCAGCAACAACGGAUUUUGAAGAAUGAUCUUCUGAGAGCUCUGGAUUCGACAUCUAUUUUCAUCUUCUAUACUCAGCUUGUGUGUGAAUUCGCGUACAUAAUUUGCCCCACAACAGAAAGGCAUAAUACUUCUUCUCUUGGACAAUUACUUCUGCCUCACUAAAUUACAAAACAGGAAGAAGAGAAAGUAUUAACUAAGCAUCUCCUUCGACAUUCAUUAUGAUAUUUUGCUUGAUUAGAGAACAAAACGUAAACUACAAGCUUGUAUUUGUCCACAUUAAUAUAUGAUAAGCUACCAGCGUUCUAUUC